AUGUAUAGUAAAUACAUUUCCGCUUCUUCCCGCUCUCGCCCACAAACCUCGGUCGCAGUUGCGCCCAACAACAUCCGUCUCUUCGCCCAUCCCAUCGAGGGUGUCCGUGAGGCCGGCCGUCUCGAGUUGGUCUGUACCGCGAGCGUCUGCCAUCCGCCAGCUCAAGUGAGGUGGUUCGAGUUGCCCAGUCCCACGGCCCCUCUGACCGGCCCCGAGGAGGCAGUCGACGAGACGGCAGUUUCAUCAACAGACGACGCAGGAACGAUACAUUCGCCGACGGUCCGUGAGGACGAGUCGCGAGAGCCAAACGAGGUCACAGAUCUGGCCAGGACGGAUAUGGUGAGUGGAGUUUGGCUCGGCGAAUUGGAGAUGCAUACCUAA